AUGGCUACUCUACGUUUCAGACCCUCAAGGAUGAUCAAAUACACUAUCUAUGCACUAUUUCUCGGUCUGGUAGUCUCGGUCUGUGCGGAGACUGUCCAAGGCAAGGACACCAGCGUGCUGACAAGGGAUGAAAUCGAGGAGAACCUCCAGCAAUGUGCCUUUGUGCAGACACUGUCAGAGGCAAAGGCCAGAAGCAACCCUACACAUGCCUCGUUGACAACCCAGCUCUUCGCCGUCCUCUUCCCCUCGUCCUCACCAGCGAUCAACGCCCUCCUCGCAACAGCUUACAUCUCGGGCCCUCCAAAUUUCCUGCUCGCGCUAUGUCCCCCCAACAUCGACCCGUCGUCGCUCAGUAUCAUGGUCGCCUUUGCGGUCGGAGGUCUUCUAGGAGACACGCUCUUUCAUUUACUCCCUGAGAUUUUCUUGGGUGAGGAUGAGCAUGAUCAAGUCAAGUUCGUCAUGGUCGAACCGAACCGCAAUCUGCUCCUAGGAGUCGGGAUUAUAGUUGGGCUGGUCACAUUCAUGGCUAUGGAUAAAGCCCUGCGCAUUGCGACCGGAGGGGACGGCGGCCACUCGCACUCACACUCCCAUUCUCACGACGAGAAGCACGAGAAUGCUGCCAAUGGCUCAGCCACAACUACGUCCGCAAAGAAAGGGAAAGCAGCAGAUGGCGACGUGAGACAACGCAAGGGCCAGAAAGACACCAAGGCCCUUGCUCCAGCCUCUUCAUCCUCGCCUCAAAAUCCCUCUGUCAAACUCGCUGGUCUCCUCAACCUAAUCGCCGACUUUACGCAUAACAUCACCGAUGGCCUAGCCCUCUCGUCCUCGUUUUACGCCAGCCCUGCCCUCGGCGCGACUACCACCAUGGCCGUUUUCUUCCACGAGAUCCCCCACGAGGUGGGCGACUUUGCGCUGCUGAUCCAGUCCGGGUUUUCAAAGCGGAAAGCCAUGGGCGCUCAGUUCGUCACGGCGGUGGGCGCCUUCCUGGGCACGCUGAUCGGCAUUUUUGUGCAAGAGUAUGGCGGCUCCGCCAGGAGCGCGGCGGACGAAGCAACGGCCGGAGCUGGAGCAGGUGGAGCAUUCGGCGGCAUCUGGGGCACCAGCCUCUCGUGGGGCGACAUGCUCCUCCCUUUCACCGCGGGCACGUUCCUGUACGUAGGCACCGUGGCCGUCAUUCCUGAGCUUUUGGAGACCGGUCCCAACAAAGCCGACGAGUUGAAAAAGACGGCUCUCCAGUUCGCCGCAAUGUUUGUGGGUGCCGCCAUCAUGUUGGGGAUAUCAUGGUCGUGA